AUGCCUGUCUCCCAUAUGACUCUGACAGUUACUCAUCUCCCAACCUCUACUUCCUUCUUCCUAUCAUGUCUCCAGCCUCUUGGUUACCAAUUCAUUGGUCGGCAAGAUGAGUACAUCGGCUUCGGUCAGAAGCAAGGAGAGCCUGCUGAUUUCUGGGUCACGGAGCGAAGACCAGGUAUAGGUCCUAGUGCAGUACAUAUUGCAUUCCCAGCCCCGUCCAGAGAUGCCGUGGGUCAAUUCUUCAUCUGUGCCUUGAAGGCCGGUGGCCAGAUCCACGGUGAGCCUAAGACACGGGACUCGCAAUCAGGCUAUUACAGUGCGGCUGUAAUCGACUUUGACGGUAACAGCAUCGAAGCGGUGUACCGGCCGGGCGGAUCAGUUGUUGCAUCGGAGGCUGGUGGACCCACAAUAGCUAUGCUAGACAAUGGAUCCGUCGUUUCCAGAAGCAACAAGGCCAAGUCGGUGAAGGCAGAGAGCAUUGCUCCUCCCCAGUCCAAAGCCCCCACAGUCAUCGAGCGUGCUGCAACGGUCGUUUCUCAACCGUCGUACACUGUCCAAACUGUUCAGGCAGACGAUGGCAGCAAAGCAGUAAAGACUAUUGUCGGCACGCUCCUCGGCGCAGCUGCCGGUGCAGCUAUUGCUUAUGCCAUGGUGAAGGGUGACGAGCAGUCCUCGUCAGAGACUAAAAGUAUUGCUAUGAUGAAACAUGCACCCGAUCUCCUCCAAAUCAUGGCCCCACCGCCACCAUCGCAAGCAUCCAGAUCUGAGGCAGGCAUGCGGGCUAUUGAAGCUCCUCCCGCCAAGAGUACAUACUCGGCUGCCCCACGGUCGACGGUUAGUCGCAGUGCGGCCUCCAAGAACCCACGAGCCAGUACCGUCUAUGAACCGACCGAGUUCGCUCUUGAUCAAAAAGGCCGACGGGCCUCAGAGGGCACUGUUGCCUCAUACCUCGAAGACCUGCCAAUUCGGACAAUUGAAUAUCCACCUCGGCACUACCCAUGCAGCCCCAGCACAUUUAUUAGCAGCUACGCUGCUGACAAGCCGCGAGCCUUCGUAGCAGGCAGCGUGCUUUCAAACUCCACCAUCAAAGCUGCGCAGAAAAGCCUCCAACGCCGCCGCAGCCAUGACGACCGGAGUGUAUACUCCACACCAAGCAGUCACCACUCAAAGUCCCUGGCCCCAGGUAGCAUCGCCUCUUCUGCUCACACCGCGCACAAAGUUCCCUUGCCAGCCGGGUCCGAAGCCACGUAUUACUCUGCAGCCCCAACCCAUCAAGGCUAUUCAUAUCUUUCUGCAGGGGGCGUGCCCCUGCCUGCUAGCGUGGCUGACCUUGAUGUGAGAUCGGACGUUACGCCAGAUGACUCGAUCAGCCAGGUUGGUGCCCAGUCUCAUUCUGGAAAAUCUACACACUCACACUCCCACUCUCGUUCGCACUCACGUCAUUCCAGACACUCGAAGUCUGGCUCGCGGGCCUCGAAGCACUCUUCCCGGUCAAAGCACGAUGACGGCGCCAAGCCGAGUGAUAAUUCGAGCCACGUUUCGCGACGCACUGCUAAGGCUGGUAGUAAGGCUCCGUCGACGUCGGGCAGUCGACGUUGA